AUGACCAAAGGAUUGGUGACGUUCAGGGAUGUGGCCAUUGCUUUCUCUCAGGAGGAGUGGGAAUGCCUGGACCCUGCUCAGAGGGACCUGUAUGUGGAUGUGAUGCUGGAGAACUACAGUAACUUGGUCUCCCUGGAAUGUGGGAAGGCCUUUUUUAGUGCCUAUCGGCUUACUGUGCAUCAGAGAUUGCAUACUGGUGAGAAACCCUAUGGAUGUAAGGAAUGUGGGAAGACCUUUAGUUGGGGAUCAAGCCUUGUUAAACAUGAGAGACUUCAUACUGGUGAGAAACCCUACCAGUGUAAAGAAUGUGGGAAAGCCUUUAGCCGGGGCUAUCAACUUACUCAACAUCAGAAGAUUCAUAUUGGUAUAUUUCAUACUGUUGAGAAACCCUAUGAAUGUAAGGAAUGUGGGAAGGCCUUUAACUGUGGCUCAAGCCUUGUUCAACACGAGAGAAUCCAUACUGGCGAGAAACCCUAUCAGUGUAAAGAAUGUGGGAAGGCCUUUAGUCGUGGUUAUUACCUUACUCAACAUCAGAAAAUUCAUACUGGUGAGAAACCUUUUGAAUGUAAGGAAUGUGGGAAGGCCUUCAGUUGGGGCUCAAGCCUUGUUAAACAUGAGAGAAUCCAUGCUGGUGAGAAAUCCUAUGAAUGUAAAAAGUGUGGGAAGGCCUUUUGUAGUGGGUACCAACUCACUCGACAUCAGAUAUUUCAUACUGGUGAGAAACCCUAUGAAUGUAAGGAAUGUGGAAAGGCCUUCAAUUGUGGCUCCAGCCUUGUUCAACACGAGAGAAUCCAUACUGGCGAGAAACCCUAUCAAUGUAAAGAAUGUGGGAAGGCCUUUAGUCGUGGCUAUCACCUUACUCAGCAUCAGAAAAUCCAUACUGGUGAGAAACCUUUUAAAUGUAAGGAAUGUGGGAAGGCCUUCACUUGGCGCUGUGGCCUUGUUAAACACGAGAGAGUCCAUACUGGUGAGAAACCUUAUGAGUGUAAAGAAUGUGGGAAGGCCUUUAGUAGUGGCUAUCAACUCAGUAUUCAUCAGAGAUUUCAUACUGGUGAGAAACCUUAUCAGUGUAAGGAAUGUGGAAAGACGUAUAUUCGUGGUACAAGCCUUGCUCAACAUGAGAGAAUUCAUAGUAGUGAUAAACCCUUUGGAUACAAGGAAUGUGGGGAGGGCUUUAUAUGGACAGCUUACUCAAAUGAGAAAAUUCAUACUGGUGAAACUUUAGGAAUUUAA